CCUACAACAACUCCCUGCAGGUCCAGAACAACGAUGAGUGCCUCCCUGACAGUUACUUCAUCCAGGAGGACAGUGGAGAGGUGAGGAACAACCCCAAACGUUCGUGUCAGUUUAACCGUUCCACUCUAGAGGAGUGUUCUGGGAUCACGGACCGGACCUACGGUUACCAGAAGGGACAACCCUGUGUUCUCAUCAAACUGAACCGGGUGAUCGGGAUGCUUCCAGGGAAGGACGGCCAAUCUCCUUAUGUCACCUGCGGAGCCAAGAGAUAUAAAGUGGGGCAAGAUGACUGGAAAGAGGACAGUGAUGCGAUCGGAGAGUUGGCCUACUACCCUCCCAAUGGAACCUUUAACCUCAUGUACUUCCCCUACUAUGGCAAGAGGGCCCAGCUGAACUAUUCCCAGCCCCUGGUAGCAGUGAAGUUCCUCAACAUCUCUCUGAAUACAGAUGUGAAUGUUGAGUGUAAGAUCAACUCCAACACACUGAAGACUGGCGGAGAGAGAGACAAGUUCGCCGGACGCGUCUCUUUCAAACUCCGAAUCACCUCACCUAAAAACUAGACCACUAAACACUACACACACACGCACACACAGAGAUGUUACUGCCAUAUGAAGGACCAUAUCAAACCCCCUGGAAAUGGA